AGCGGGAGAGGAGCCCACGUCGCCUGUCACCCACAUCCACGCCGCACCGCCAAGAGGAAAGAUGUUCGCCUGCGCCAAGCUCGCCCGCACCCCCGCUCUGAUCCGAGCUGGAUCCAGAGUUGCAUAUAGACCAAUUUCUGCAUCAGUGUUAUCUCGACCAGAGACUAGGACUGGAGAGGGCUCUACAGUAAUUAAUGGGGCUCAGAAUGGUAUGUGUCAGCUGAUCCGAAGGGAGUUUCAGACCAGUGCAAUCAGCAGAGACAUUGAUACUGCUGCCAAAUUCAUCGGUGCAGGUGCUGCAACAGUAGGAGUUGCUGGUUCUGGUGCUGGUAUUGGAACAGUCUUUGGCAGCCUUAUCAUUGGUUAUGCCAGAAACCCUUCACUGAAGCAGCAGCUGUUCUCUUAUGCUAUCCUGGGAUUUGCCUUGUCUGAAGCUAUGGGUCUCUUUUGUUUGAUGGUUGCUUUCUUGAUCUUGUUUGCCAUGUAACAGAAAUUACUGCCUGAAAUGUUGGCAUUCAUAGAAAUUACGGAUGUAAUUCUGUGUAUCUUGCUGUGACUCCAAAAACUGCUGGUGUCAAGGAGAUGUACGUUAUUUCCAAAGUCAUUUCAUUAAAGAUGAAAACUUUAA